AUGGAAGAUAUUGAUAAUGAGUACAGCGGGUUUGAAUUCUUACAAGCCGCCUUUGGCUUUGGAGAGGUUGUCGAGGGCGAAGGGAGUAACCGCGAUAACAAGACCUUGGAGCCGUCUUGUGCAAAGAAGGUCGGCUACCACCUUCCCCACCACCGUUCAGCACCGGUCGAUCCGUCGAAGCCCGGUCAUAAGAUUCUCGCGCUAUUUUUAGUUGAUCCUCAUCGUCGGAUUAUCUCCUCGGCCAAUGUGCCUCUGCAGCGGGAGGCUUGGGGUUAUGAGAGAGAAAAUUCUGUGAAGCAGGAUUUGGCAGGUCUGUCACUGGAGCCGCAUAACAUCGUCCAAGGUGAUUUGGAGCUCCUUAUGACCACAAAGAAGGCCAAAGGCUACCAAUUGGAGCUCUUGAAAUAUCGUGGGCUCAGGUCAGGAAAGCAUAAUGAGUAUUUUGAGGGUGAAUUCAGCUUGUGUGAGCAUUAA